GGCGGGCGGGCGGGCUCUCGGCGUGCAGGCGACAAGACCGGCGGAGACUACGAGUCCCGGCACGCCUCGCCCGGCCCCGCCGCCACCGCCCCCGCCCCCGCCCCCGCCCCCGCCCCCUGAGCUCACUUCCUCCGCCAGGCCCAGCAGGCUGGACGGGGCGCCCCAGCCGCCUGCUCCGCGCUCCUCAUGUCCGCCUCGACCCUCCCGGCAGGCUCCGCCGAGCUGCCGCGCGGCCCCCGCCGCCCCUUCCCGCCGGCCGCCGGCGAGAGUGACGAGCUGGCCGAGGAGGAGCCGAUGGACGGCGGCGGCGGCGGCGGCGAGGGGGGCCGGGCCUGGAGCCCCCCGGAGAAGGCCCUGCACGAGGCGCGCCUGAAGGCCAAGGCCAAGCGCCGCCUCCGACGCACCUCCUCCCGCGACGCCGCGGCCCGCGAGGUCCUCCCGGAGGGAGCCCAGCCCGGCCCCGACCCCAGCAGCCCGCCCCCCCCGGGCAAGGGCCACGACCGCCGCUCCCGCGCGGGCAAAGGCCGCGGCCUGCCCAAGAAAGGUGGCGCCGGCGGCAAAGGCGUCUGGGGGGCGCCCGGAGUGGUCUACGCCUACCAGGAGCCCGACGCGCGGGACCCCAACUACGACGAGGCGGCGCAGGGCGACACCGUGUAUGCCACAGUGGAGCCUGAGCUGGAAGAGGAGGACCUGAAGAAGAACGUGCAGCCCAUGGUGCUGGAGUACUUUGAGCACGGAGACCCCCUGGAGGUUGUGGAGCUGCUCCGGGGCCUGAACUUGGGGGGCCACAAAGCAGCGGUGCCCUCCCUGGCCGUGGCGCUGUCUCUGGAGGGGAAGGCCAGCCACAGGGAGCUGACGUCGCGCCUGCUGUCUGACCUGGUGGGGAAGCUGCUCAGCGCCGAGGACGUGGCCGCCGCCUUCGAUGGCAUGCUGCAGGACCUCCCUGAUCUGAUUCUGGACACGCCGGAGGCCCCCCAGAUGCUGGGCCAGUUCAUCGCUCGGGCUGUGGCCGACCACGCCCUGCCUCUCGACUUCCUCGAACGCUACAAGGGGCGUGUCGACUGUGAACAUGCUCGGGCUGCCCUGGAUCGCGCUGCUGUCCUCUUGCGGAUCAAGCGAGACGUCAACCGCUUGGACAACGUGUGGGGGGUGGGGGGCGGCCAGAGACCUGUCAGGCACCUGAUUAAGGAGAUGAACCUGCUGCUCCAGGAGUACCUGCUUUCAGGAGACAUGUCAGAGGCUGAGCAUUGCCUGCGCCAGCUUGAGGUGCCCCACUUCCACCACGAGCUCAUCUAUGAGGCUGUGGUGAUGGUGCUGGAGUCCUCGGGCGAGACGGCCGUGGCCAUGAUGAUGAAGCUCUUGAAGGUGCUCUGGGAGACGGGGCUGGUGACCCUGGACCAGAUGAACAGGGGCUUCCAGCGGGUGUAUGGCGAACUUGGAGACAUCAGCCUGGACGUCCCUCUGGCCCACAGCAUCCUGGAGCGCCUGGUGGACCUGUGCUUUGAGGAGGGGGUCAUCACCAAGCAGCUGAGGGACGCCUGCCCUGCCCGGGGACGGAAGCGCUUCGUCAGCGAAGGAGACGGUGGACAAAUCAAGCAGUGAUUGGUUGCUGGCAACCCCGACCUCUGACCCCUCUCCCACCAGCACCAUCCCCUGCUUGGCCCCAGGCCAACAGCUACCACCUGUCCCCAAACUGGGAGGGAGGGAGGAAGCCUGUGGCCUGCAACAAGAGCAGUGGGGGGGGGGGGCUUUCUAGCUGGGCUUGUCCCCCUGCCCCACAUCUCAGGAAGGAAAACGAGCCUUGUGUCUCCAAGCAGGCCGGAGCCAGAGCUGGAGUGGGUCCUGGCCCUGGGCCAUUCAGAAACCCCCUCCCCCACACCAGUCACUUGCCCCCCCCCUUUGCUCCCAGGCCGGGGUGUCUUCCAGACCUUUGUCUUUGAGCUGACCCAAGCAGGGGUCAAUCCUGGCCCCACUCUGCCACACCCCCACACCCCCCGCGCACAAUCACCUGGGAAGGGCGGGAGUCCUGGGGCUGUCCUUUGGCUCGCAAAAACUGCCAGGAGAGGGGAGUGCACAUGAAUGUUCUUCCUUGUGGGGUUGGGCAUAUUUCAGGGCCUUCGGCUCAGGGUGUGUGUGGGGGGGGGGGAGCCAGCUCUGGCGGGGGGGGGGGGGGGGCUCAGGCCAGGCACAGGGGGUGAGGCGCCAGCAGCAAUAAAAGAUAUAUCCAAAGGA